UCCAUAGCAGCAGUCAGUUAGCUGUGUGUGAACUAGACGUGGGGGUAGUGGAUGCACCUGACUCGGCUCUCACUGAUUACUUCUGGAGUGUCAGGAAGUCAGGAUGCCUUCUGGAAGGACAGUCAAGCUCAUCCUGUAUGAGGUGUUAGAGUUUAUAUGUCUGUGUGUGCCUGUGUUCGUGGUUCUGGAGCGAUUUGCGUCGCUUAUGAGCUUUGUAAACGUCAACAACACUACAGCUUACUGGUUGGUGGUGGCAGCAUCCAUAGCCUAUGUGACCUCUGUGUCCCUGUUUGUCUGGGUGCCACUGAAGUACUUCAUCCUGAAGUCCUGGGGAAUUUUUAAAGAAGUUACUAACUGGAGACCUGUGACUCUCGCCCAUGCACUUCUCUGCACGCUUCCAUGUUUUGCCAUUCUCAUUGCCAGCUCAAAGGUUCAGUUGGACAUGGGAGUUUUAUAUGACCACUUUAGUGAGCUUCCUGUCUCACUGGUGCUCUUUGCCCUUAUCUGCGUGGACAUUGUAGAAAGAAUUCGUCCAUAUUGCCUGAGAGGACAAGCAGAUAGUCUGGACUUUGAGAGUCCUGGGCCUGUUCUGGAGCAGGUGUCCACGGUGUCAUCACACAUGCAGAGUAACAGAGGUGCAAAUGGCUCGGAGCCGAGGUCAGAAGUCACGAGUACAUUACCAUCAGGACAUUGGGCAGACAUGAAUGGCAUCGCACGUUCUUCCACUAUGGCCUACGUGUACUCCUCCCACUCUGAUUCAGGCUCUCUUAGCUUCCUCUGGGUUCGAGACCCUCGCUCUGAGCUCUUCCUGGAGACAUUUGUGUUCUGGCUGGACACAGUGGAGAUGAUCAGAGUGGCUGGGGUUCAGGAGGUCUACAACUCAAACUGGGCCUUUCCUAUCUACAUCCUAAGCUUUUUCUCCAUUCUGCGUGUGGUUGUAACUCCUAACAAUCCAAUGCUAGCAUCUUUAGGAGUCGUAGCACAGGAUCUGCCCUUCCUGGUUUUACGCAUCUGCCUGGUGACUAUCUUUGGUUAUGUGACUCCGAUACUCUACAUCAUGAAAAAUCUGCUCACAUGUCUGACUUUUCUUUACUUUCACUUCCUGACAAAACUGAAGGUGUUCAACAGAGGAAGCUUGUUCUGAGACCUUGUUCUGAGACCUUGUUCUGAGGGGAAGCUACUGGUGACCGCUUUGGGUAAAGAAAUGUAUGGGGUGGAUAUUAACAACUACUAAUAACAUUGAACACACUCUUUUUUCACUGAUGUUACUUCAGAGAAGACAAACUAAUAAUAGGAGUCCACAUAGCUUCUUUUUUUUUUUUUUUGAAAAUAUGCCUCCCCCGGUUUAUUUCUGAAAGUUUGGGGUGGCUAAUUUCUUAUUGAAAAUGUAUGUGGGAAAAGUGUUUUACAGGUGCUAUAAGGCAUUCGAUUGUUAGCAGUAAUGUAAGUGAUUUUCAGUCAGACCAUCCAACACACAUGAAGUUUCAUUCAUCUUACAACCUGUACAACUAACACAGUUCUAACAGCCUCGUCACGUUUACUUUCUCUGGGACUACUCUGCCUAAGCAGAGAAAGAUAGUUGGAAUAUUAAUAGAAAUAAAGAGAACUGAGGUGUAGCAAGCCAUUGGCUUCCACCCAACAUUCCUUUAUUGAAUUUAAACUUCAUACAUUGCCUCGCAUAAGUAUUCACCCCCAUUGAGCUUCCCCACAUUUUUGUAAUGCUGCAAUCUGGAACUCAAAUCAACUUCAUCUGUUAUUAUAUGUCAUGGAUCUGCACAAAAUACUUUUGGAAUAUUGAAUGGGAUGGGGUGGGUUGC